GCACUUUACCAAAAAAAAUCACUGGUUCUUUUGAAUUUGGUGAAUUUAGAGAGACUGAAAAGAAAUAUACUAAAAAGAGAAAAUUGAAUAUAAAUGAAUUAAAAGCUGAAGAACAUCAGAUUUAUAAAAGGAAAAACAAAAAGAAAAAGAUUAGAGAUUUUGGUGGCCAAUCACUUUUUAUCUUUUCGGAUCUGGCAGUUCAAGAAAAUUUGGACUUGUUCAAGCUUUAUUUGAAGAUGAAUUAUAUGAAAAAACUAAAAAGCAAAAGUUUGAUUCAAAUUGAUUAUGAUGAUCAAGAAGUAGUUUUUAUUGAUGAGUUUUACAUGAAGCUUGACUGGACAGAUAUUGUGAAUUAUCCUAAUGACACAUCUGAAUGGAUAGAAAUUAAAGCUAAAGGAUUUGUCCUAUUUCUUGCAAAAUAUAUUUUUUUAACUGCAAGAAAGCCUCCAGAAGAUGCAUUUAAUUUUGGUCAAUGUGAAGAAGACACAAAUCAAAGAGGUUUUUUAAUAAUUUUAUUUUAA